AUGCUGGACAAGACUCCUAAGAUUCUGGUAGGCUUAUGGACGGAUACUGUCAAUUAUCGCGGCAUCAAAGAAGUCGGAAAUGGCCCCGGGGCCAUGUCUAAUCUUCAACUUACCCCUUAUCUCAACGUAGACCGCCCUCAACUUCAGCACUCUUCCGUCACUCUAAGGGCCUCACUCACAGUUGACUCCUCCAAUGGUGUUGCAUGCGCUGCAUCUGCGAGGCUAUGGGAAUGUCUUCUUGAGAAUCACCGCUUACCCUACCUUUUGCUGAGAGUGGCGGACAUGCGAAUGACGCUGGGUAGCAAAGUGACUGCCCUUACCUUGUAUGAAGAGUUGCAAACGAUGUUGGGGGCUCCACAGCUCGCCCGUUGGAUUGCGCAUUCUCGGUCAUCUAUUCUGGCCGAGGCAGAGCGGCAAAUGUUCAACUACAAGAACGAUUUGUCGCUGGGCCUCUCGCCGAGCCAACGUUGGCGAUCGACAGCAGAAAAGGAUACUUUCCCUUACUGCAAACUCCAAAGCGCUCACAUUGAUGUUAUACGCCAAUGGCAGAAUAUGCAUCCUCCGAAGGACAUUAUGGCCAAAUGCCUGAAUCUGCACUGUCUCGAGACCAAUGUCAUUGAAGGAACAGUUCAGUUCGAUCCAUCUGAUACAGCUAGACUGGUUGAAGUCGGCUUCUACAAUCAAGCAGAGCUCGUCGACCUAGGGAAUCCCAUAGGCGGUGCAGCCUUGAGUGAAAUAUUUACUUCCCUCGAGUCUGACCCUCUGAAUCUCACUGUGGAGACAAUAUGCCGUCUUCAUGCAGAGUUCAUGCAAACCAGCCGGGUCUUAUACAUUGACACGGUUUCCGGAAGUCGAUUGUCUUACCUUAACAUAGGAAUAACUCGACAAGUCUCCCGCUGCAACGUCACAGCGACUUCUCGCGAGCAAGGCGUGAAGAUACAGUUUUGUCCGUAUGAUGAAGUCGAAGCGGACCUUAUUACAUUUUGCAAACGCUUCAAUGAACUUGUUCGACAAGCCGAUAUGGACCCUUUCGCCUCUGCCGCAUGGAUCAGUCAUGUUUUUCUCACUAUUCAUCCCUUUGAGGCAAGUUUCUCGUUGUAUUAA